CGGGAGCACUGUAGGCCGGCUUCGGGCCGCCGCUGGUUGUCAAGGUAACCAGAAGCCUCGGCCGGUGGCAGAGACUCCCUCCGCGGUUCGUGGUUGGUUCUGGCGCAGCCGGCUUUAUGGCCGCCUGGGCCGAACCGGCGUACUUCAUCUCAGGAUUAGGGGUGAUGGAAGGACCAUAUCUUUUUCUGCUGGCACCUCAAGCAUCUUUGGAAGGGGAGGCAACAGCGAGAAGGAGAAGCUUUCCCUGCAGGACAUAGCUGAGCUGAUUCGAACGGGAGCCUGCCACAGGGUGGUGGCCAUGGCAGGGGCCGGCAUCAGUACGCCUAGCGGGAUCCCCGACUUCAGAUCCCCGGGGAGUGGCCUUUACAGCAAUCUCCAGCAGUAUGACCUCCCAUACCCCGAAGCCAUUUUUGAACUCACAUUUUUCUUUCAUAACCCCAAGCCGUUUUUCACUUUGACCAAGGAGCUGUACCCUGGGAGGUACAGGCCCAACAUCACUCACUACUUCCUCCGCCUCCUUCACGACAGGGGACUGCUUCUGCGCCUCUACACACAGAACAUCGAUGGGCUCGAGAGAGCGUCGGGUAUCCCUGCCUCCAAGCUGGUUGAAGCUCAUGGCACCUUUGCUUCUGCUACCUGCACAGCCUGUCGUAGAUCCUUCCCAGGGGAGGAUUUUCGGGCCGACGUGAUGGCGGACAGGAUCCCCCGCUGCCCGGUCUGCACCGGCAUGGUGAAGCCCGACGUCGUGUUCUUUGGGGAGCCGCUGCCGGAGCGGUUCCUGCUGCACGUGGUGGACUUCCCGAUGGCGGACCUGCUGCUCGUCCUGGGGACCUCCCUGGAGGUGGAGCCUUUUGCCAGCUUAUCAGAAGCUGUCCGCAGCUCAGUGCCCCGACUGCUCAUCAACCGGGACUUGGUGGGGCCUUUUGUGUCGUGUCCUCGGGGUCGGGAUGUUGCCCAGCUGGGGGAUGUGGUUUGCAGCGUGAAGAGGCUGGUGAAGCUCCUUGGCUGGACGGACGAGUUGCAGGACCUUGUUCGGCGGGAAACCGAGAAGCUCGAUGCACAGGGCAGAUAGGAGGAAAGCUGUGGCCCCACAUACAAGAAAUGGCUGGAGAGCCACAUCUCAUACAUCCCCAUGCCUGCUAGGGAAGACAGAGAUUUUUGCUGAAGCAGGACAUGUGACUGAGGAAUAGAGAAUGGACAAGUGACCAGGCUGAGGCUCCCACGGGAGCGUCUCGGAGCUGGCAGGCAGGACGUGCUGCCUGGGGUUGCCCCAGCCAAGGAUGUGCUGGCCCGGUCUUUCUGCUGUUUAACGUAACCCUUCAUUCUGCUAAAGCUCUUCUCGUGUUCCUGCAAGGCUCUCUUUAAUGCAAAAGCUUUCUUGAAUUGAACAGACCUACCGUGGAACCCUGCACUAGAUGUGUUUUGCCCAAACAUCGGCCUUCAGGGCAGGCUCAUCUGUUCAGUUCGGAAUGCCUGGCUCAGAGCUCAGUGCCUGGUCUGUUGUGUCCCAAAAUGCAGCCCUGGAUCUGGGGGUCCACUGGGGGCUUCAAGCAUGCCAGGCCCAUGAGUAGGGUUCUUUUAAAUUAGAAUCUGUCUGUCAUUUCUGGCACAAAAUAAAUUUUAGUAUGAAAA